ACAACGAAAGAUCGUCGAGAUCAAUUCAUUUCUCGAUUCUUUUCUAACGUACGAUGAGUUCCUUAGCAGAGAUUCAUGGCUUGGCCCAACUAUUGGUAUUGGUUUUUACUCUCGUCGUUACUGCCCAUCUCUGUGGCAAGAAGGGCGCAAAGAACAAAAAGAAGGAGGACAAGACAAAAGCAAUGUCGGCUAUCAAAACCACCACAAUGGGUUCUACUACAGCCAACAUGCAUCCAGCAGAGCCUGUAGUGGAGAAAAAAGAGGAACCAAAGGAGAAAGUUCCAGAGAAAAAGGAGGAGGAAAAGAAGGACGCCACAAAGAAGGAGGAAGCUAAAGAGGAGAAGAAGGAAGAGGAAAGGAAGGAGGAAAAGAAGGAAGAGUCGAAGGAAGGGGAGAAGAAGAAUUCAGGUGAAGAGAAGAAAAAUAGUGGAGAUGAGAAGAAGGAGGAAGGAGGAAAGAAGGAUGAUGCUAAGGAUGGGGAGAAAAAGGAAGAAGCUAAGGAAGGAGAUAAGAAGGAUGAGGAUCAGAAGCCAAAGAAGGAGAUUGUGCCAGAAGUCUUCAAAAGAACUUCUAAAGAAAAAGCGAUUGCUGAUGGUGUCAAGAAGAAGAAGACGGACUAUCCAACUAUGGAGGACGUUCCAAGUGAUUGGGAGAGUGAGAAGAAAAAGAAGAAGAAGACUGAGGCAGAUGAUAAGGAAUAAUUCAUUGGAAAAGCAUCCUCUUUCUUUUUUGUAUAUUGUAAAAUUAUGUAUUCUCGUCCUCCAUAGCUUGAGGCUUUAGUAAUCAUGAUGACUUUUAAUUAAUGUUGAUUAAUUCAAGAAGAUGUGAAAAAUUUGA